AUGGAUCUCGUCUCGCUCACGCCGCAGGAGAACAAACAGCUCAUGAUCCUCAUCAGCGAUGCUAAGUUGACAAAUUACCUUGCCGUCGCUGCAUUUGUGAUUCUCCUGCUCACGGAUGACAGCUUUGAGCAUUUCACAACUUUCCAGGAGGAGUGUGAUUACGUUUGGCGCAGCCCGAACAGUCUAUCCAGUGUGUUAUAUAUAUGGGUCAGCUCCGGCCUUUCUCUCGAGAACCAAACGAACCAAACGAAACCUAGAUCCGAUACUUCAGCCUGUUUGCUACUACCAUCGCCAUCUGGGGUGAGACCGAUCUCUGUACCUGACCCUCGCUCAUCCCAAGCAGCCAUGUGCACCGUUCACGUCAAAAAUCAAGGCCAAGUUGCCAGCUCCUCGAUCAUCGUUGUCACAGCAGACUGUGUUCUAGCGCUACGGGUUUGGAUAUUGUACGGGCGACCGAAGACGAUGCUGUACUUCUUUGGGUUUCUAAUCUUGGCAGAGGCGACGGGCUUCAUCUACGUCGGAUAUCGCACUGUCAGUCCAUUGAGAGAUACUUUCAUUCAUCUUGGAUCGAUUUUGCCUGGGUGUUAUUCCCAAGCCGACCACAGGAUCCUCGCAUAUUAUGCAUUACCCGAGAUGUCUUUGUCGGUCAUAAUGUUUGCGAUGACAGUGUACAAGUGCCGGGUCUCUUCUAUCUUGUCCAGAGAUAAAGGCAUCGGCAGGACACCGAUCGUGACCAUUUUUCUCCGGGACGGACUCCUUUGGUUCGUGGCCGUGCUGGCGAUUUCCGUCGUCAAGCUCAUUCUGUGGCACGGCGGACGGCCGACGUUAGUUGAAGUGCCCAUUUUGCCUGCUACAGCAUUGGUUGCUGUGAUUGGAGCACGUGUACUGCUCAACAUCAAACGUCUCGCAGCGCCUUCUAACGAUGCGACUCUUCAAAGUACCUCCGCAUCUAUGAGCGGGGACGUAAUCGUAUUCGCUGCUGCACUCCGCCGGCAUGACUCCGAUUUUACUCAGGGCACUGCCUUACAAGACAAUGCCUCAACUUGGCUGUCGCGCCCAUCUUGUGCAUUCGAUGCCAUGACCUCUGCGCCGACCAAUCCCGUUGAAAUCCCGCCAUUCCAACUCCAAACACUAAUCACCCAAUGCGACGCACGAUGCGCGCAAGCGUUGGGUUCCGAAAUCUACAUGGGGUGCCAGAACGGCGAGCUCUUGCGCUACGCUCUUCAAGCGGAUGACCCGAGCACCUUGGAAUCCUACAGCUUGCUUUCGCGUCAGUCAGUCCCCGGCGAGAAACCCAUUGAUGAAAUCGUUCUAUUGCCCAGCAUAUUGCGUGUUUUAGUGCGGUCCGACAGUCAGCUUUUCUUCUUCACACUCCCCUCUCUGGACCCCAUCCCCGCGAAUGUGAUCAAACCACUGCGACAUGUCUUCGCGCUGGCUGUCGAUCAGAAUCAUCUGAAGAGGGCGCUGCCGCCACCCUCGGCUCCACCAUCGAACGAGGGGGUGGACUUCUGCAUCAUAAAACGCAGCUCGAUUGCGUUGUUCAAUUUGCGAGAUCGGCUGUACUACCAGAAGGAGAUUCCUCUGCCCAAUGGUGCCAUCUUGGCUCGACGGUCCGGCCAGUACUUGUGCAUCGCAGACAAGGAACAAUACAGCACCAUCGACCUUGCGAACGCGAGCAUGACUCCGCUGCUGCCGGUCUCACAAGCCUAUGAUGUUCCGUUCGAGGGCACGCCCAUCAUCUGUGUCACCAACGACGAGCCGACCGAGUUUCUCAUCCUUUCCUGGACCGGAAACAGCACGCUAGGGUUGUUCGUCAGCGGUUCUGGUGAUCCCGUCCGUGGAACGCUCGAGUGGCCAGCCUAUCCGCGUGCUGUGGUGCUGGACUAUCCCUACGUUGCUGCGCUGCUCCCCAACCGAACGGUGGAAAUCCACAGCAUCGAGACGCAGACGAUUGCGCAGGUGCUGCCUGCACCCAUCGAUGGCACUGAAACACGCCUCUCGCUUUCCGCGGCGCUGAAUGGAUAUCUUGUGCCGAGCACGCAAAAGUCGGACAAGAUACGUCGGGUGUCGGUUCCUCUGUUGAGGUCGUAGCGAGUGAUUCAAGACGGGAUGCCUGGUUGAUACUGAAUUGAUCUGGAGUGGUUCUCGAGUUUUGGAUACAUCCUCUGACAUUAUAAAACUGCCAAUUGAUGAUCAAAACGACAUGCAUCAUUAAAAUCUGCAUGUCUCAUUCUCAGUAUUCGCCAAAGACGACAAAUGCACCGAAUCCUGGGCACCAGAGAAAUCGCAUUGCCUGCGUCAACUGUCGGAAACGCAAGCUGAAGUGUGCUCCUACGGAUAAAGAGCUUCGCAAGCCCUGCGAGCGUUGUUCGAAGGAAGGGGUUACGUGCGAUUUUGUGGCUCUCGCUACUCGAGACACAGCGGCGGCGGAAUAUGGUCGUCCAACUCAGCCGAUUUGGACGCAGCCCCUCGAUCAGCAAUCUUUCUCCAGUCGCCCGCGGAACGCAUCGCAAACACAGCAAAGCCGGGGUGAUAAUCAGUAUCAGCAACAUCAGCAGCAUGCGCCGCCGCCCGACGUGACUCAGGAGCAUCAGGCUUUGCCGUAUCCCUGCCAAUGGACCGCCAGCGGAGAUGUUGCACAGACAGAUCCUGCCUCGCUAGUUUUCCCCCAAUCAGAUGCGCGGCAAGUUCAUUACGGGCCGUUCCCAGGACCGGCGAACACGAUAUACCCGUGGACACUGCAUCAGCACUAUCAGAGCUGUGGGUGUCCUAGAAAUAAUUGCAGAUGUGGUCGAGGAGAAGUCGGUGGCCGCUGAUUGAAAUAGAACGCGUUUCUGGUUCUGCACAAACUUGUUUCAAUCCCCGUAUAAAAUCAUUUGUUGUGAGAGGGAUCAACGUUGAAUGUGACAAUCUAUGGGCGUCGCGCGGCCUUGAAAAGUGAACAUGCCACAAAGUGGUGACUUGGUG